GGAGUGCGCGCGAAAUUCGCAGUCGUUGGAGUGUUGCGAUAGAGUGAGGUCGUGGUGUCAGUCGCGGAAGUACGUGAAGAAGGAAAGACAUGGCCGACACGACGGAGAACAAGACUGUUGAGGAGACCACCAAGGUGGUGGAGGAGACCAAGCCGGAGGAGACUCCGAAGGAGGCUGAGGUGGAGACUAAGGAGGCAGAGGCCAAGGAGACUGAAGAGAAGGCUGCCGUCAAUGGCGACGAAGAAACCACCGAGUCGAAUGGCAAGGCCACAGAGGAAACCAAUGGAGAGGAGCAGGGAGAGAAGCGGAAGUCUACUGGAGGUGAUGGUGAUACCAAGAAGGAAGACAGUCCUGUGAAAAAGCCCAAGCUUGAUGCAGUUGAAACAGAAGAAAGUAGUGAGAAAGUGGCAGAGGCUGCUGCCUAAACUUUUGUGUACCAUAGGAACUAAGUGUGCGAUUUAAACUGGAAGGUCAUCGGAAGCACCUGGAAGCUAGAUGUGAGAGCACCCGAUUAGAGCUGUGCAAUCUGGGUAAACUGAGCUAAGUACCAUCCAUGAUGAGUAUUUAUUUUGUACAUUGACAUUGUUCCAGUUGUAUGUUCAUCUUACAUGUCUUGUCAUCUUGGUCCAUCUGCAUCUAACACACAGCUUUCAUGUGGGAGACUGUCAUCAAGCAUUCCUAACAUUGAAUACAAAUUCACUGAAACUCAA